UAGAGAUAAUAACUUCAUUACACACUCAUCACGGUUAUUAGUCACAGCAUCAUGUUCCUUUCCUCCCCACACCUACACAAACUCACAAAGUAAAUGAAGCUUCUCCUCCAGCAUCCGAUUCUUGAACCCUUCCAAGUCCAAACUCUUCCUUCCGCUUCUUCCAAGUAUCAUAUUCUCUCAUGGAUCCCACACCCUUGACUUUCUCAAGGACUCGAUGCCUCUCCACCCACCAACUCCUAUGAUACACAUUUCCGAAUUCGGAAUUUGAAAUUCUCCGGCAAUGUUGGCGUCGCUGAGUAUUGGGUUUCUCUUUGGGGCUUUGGCGAUCUUGGCCGCGGAAGCCUUGCUACUCUACUACUUCUUCAUUAUCAAAUUAAACCUCAAAACCAAAAAACGCAGAGAGAACCAAGCCCCACCGGAUUCUCAGGAAACCCAGCGUCGCCAAUCCCUGGAAUCGAAGCAGGGAGUAGUUUGGGUGCUAGAACCGGAGAAAGUUCCGAAAAGUUGGCAGGAUAGUGUGUCAAGAGAGCAGAGAGUGUCAAGAGAGCAAAAGAGAAAGAAGGAAUUCUACGAGGUUUCUCCAGUUAAAAAACAUGCAAAAUUGAAGAACCAGCUACUCCUUCUUAAGGAAUCAGAUGGUUCCCAGACAGCAGUUCCGUUAAAGAGCUGCACUAUUGAAGCGGUUUCUUCUACGAGUCUUGCUUCUAGAAAAUGGGCCAAAAGGUUUCCGUUGAAAUUGGAAAGCAAGACCGCCAUACUCUACAAGGGAAGUAAGAUCUUCUAUAUAUAUCUUGAAACUUCGUGGGAGAAAGAAUCGUGGUGUAAAGCUCUUCGUUCAGCAUCAUGUGAUGACAAAGAAAAACUUGACCGGUUUGCCAAGUUGCAGGAACAAUUUCAAUGUUACUUGACAUUGUUAAAUGCAGGAUACCCCUCGUUCACAAAAUAUUCUGGAGUGGUAUCUGCUCCUGAGCCUGCAGAUAGGGCAAACAGAGUUGAUGGUUCUCCCUCGAAGGUUCGUCUGUUCUUGAAAAAAUUCAGUAAGAAAAAUGCUAAGGUUGAGCCAGAUAACAAGCUGAACUGGACAUCAUCCUUAGGUCGUGAAGAAAAAAAGAUAUAUGAGAAAUUUCGACCAUCCCAGGAUUCUGUUUCUGUGACUAGCUCGAGCGAUCCUAGUCCACCAGUGAAGAGAGCUCAAAGUUUUACUGAAGGGAAUACGAUCCCGGCUAUCCCACCAGCGUCUACCUUAACUCAUUGUGGUAGCCAAAGUCAUAGUUCUGUCAUAUCCGAUGCAGAGUCUGAUGAAAAGCUUAGUAGUGAUGAGGGAACACUUUGUUUGAAUUUGUUGUUAUCACGACUGUUCUUUGACGCCAAAAGUAGCGUGGAGAUUAAAAGAUCCAUACAAGCUCUGAUUCAGAGGACAUUGUCCAAUAUGAGGACCCCAAGUUACGUGGGUGAUGUGAUCUGUACAGACCUUAAUAUUGGCAAUCUCCCACCUUAUAUACAUGGUAUGAGAGUCGUCCCCGUGGACAUGAGCGAUGUGUGGGCGUUGGAAAUUGACAUUGGAUAUUAUGGUGGUGCAGUGUUAGACGUUGAAACAAGAUUAGAAGUUCGUGAAUUAGAUUUCCCUAAAGGCAUUGGGGAUGCGGAUUCCGAUUCAGGCUCUGCUAGGGAUAUGUCAUCCGACCUUUUUGAAGAAUUUGAGUAUUUUGGAAAGCAUUUAAAUCUUGUUGAAGGCGCAGGUGAUGUAGUAGAUCCUAAGGAGGAGUGUGAUCCGAAACCAGAUGGAUUAAAAAUCUCUAAGAGCAGUAUGUCUGCAUCAAGUAAUGGAUCCCGGUGGAAGUCGCUUCUAAAUUCAAUAGCCAAACAAGUUUCACAGGUGCCUCUAUCUUUGGCAAUAAGGAUAACAUCCCUUCGAGGAACAUUGCGGUUACAUAUUAAGCCACCUCCUUCAGAUCGGUUGUGGUUUGGCUUUACAUCCAUGCCUGAUAUAGAUUUCAACCUGGACUCGUCAGUGGGAGAUCACAAGAUCACUAGUGGCCGCAUAGCUUUGUUUCUGAUAAGUCGGUUUAAGGCAGCAAUCCGUGAAACCCUAGUGCUUCCAAACUUUGAAAAUGUAUGCAUACCAUGGAUGCUAGCAGAAAAGGAUGACUGGGUACCUCGGAAGACUGCUCCCUUCAUAUGGGUUAACCAAGAAUCGAGUGAUUCCCGUACUAUUUUCUCAGAAGUACCAACUGAGGAAAAAUACAGGACGGAAUCUGAUGGGGGAACCUCCGCUGAUCAUUCACAGGGCAAGAAUCGUACACUCAAACAAGCCGAUUCUGUUGAAAAAACAAGGCAUGACCCCAUAAAUAGGUUAGCCUUUUCAGUGGGUUCCAAGGGUCUGUCAGCUGGGAGUAACAAUACGACCAGCCGAGAACUAAGAACCCCAUUAUUAGUGAAUGGUGAACCACAAGAAACUCGCAAAAACAAGCUGGAUGAUAUAGCGGAGAGCCAAUCUCCAUCAAGGUCUGUAAUUUUAUUUGAUAAACAGAAUAGUGUUAACAGUGAAGAUGAUGAAUCAAAGUCAAAGAGGGUGGGGCGAAGAGCAAGAAUGCUUGAUCUGGGCAAGAAGAUGGGGGAGAAAUUGGAAGAAAAGAGGCGGAGCAUCGAAGAGAAGAGUAGGAACAUCGUUGAGAAAAUGCGAGGACCAUGAAACAGCUUCAGUUGAUCAGUUAUAUCUGCGUCAUUUGGUUGUCUAUAGCCUUUUAUUUGAUUCUUGAUUGCUGAACAACCGAGUGUCUGUACUUGUAUAUGUGGAAGUUUUAUCAGAUUCAGCUGUAGUUUUAGUGUUUCACAUACAAUGAUAUAAAAUCUAUGGGCAAUAUUGGAUUACAUCAA